CGCUGCCUCGGUCCUGCGAACAGACGCUGCCCCAAGACGCUUUGAUCACAGGCAGUCAACUACUAACUACUACAUAGUAUCAACGGCCUGCUCUACAAAUAAACUUUCUUACAGUAGUCUGCCCACUUGUUGUGUAGCUGCCAGUUCCCCAACGCGGGUACCAGACCAGCUUCUCGGAUCUGAGGGUCACAUUCCGGUGGGCAUCUGCAUCGGCCCUUUGCAGUGUGCCGAGUACAUACAUGAUUGUGUUCCCCACGAUACUCGGCAGCCCAUCUCGUCAAUGGCAUUGCAUGCGGGCGAGAUGAAGAUAUUCCUUCGCUCCCUGCCGAAGCAUUGGGUCCUGCCCUCAUCAUUUAAUUUACUCCAAACGCGCCUUGCUCUGCCUCAUCUCAAAUUGGUGUCCGAUCUGGUUAGCACACCAGAAUUGGAGACAGCUCGGCCACUUUCAGACACUGUGCAACUCAGCCCAGCCCUAUGGAUCGACCCCAGCUGAUGUUCGGCUUCACAAAGGAUAAUAAACCGCAAUACAGUUCUGUUCUCGAAACCUUGAGCCAACAAAAAGGCGGCGGCGGCGGCUAUGGAGACACGGGACACCGAAGUCGAGCCUCACAGGCACCGGAGAAUUAUCCCGCGCAGAUCCUCCAUUGUACUUCAGGGGUGCGGACGCUCUUUUGCGUUCGAGGAAAUUUGAUGCGGAGCUGAGGAAUCUGGGGAAUUAGCCAGGCUCUCCUCCCUCUUUCCGUGGCUACCACAGUACUAUUCCGCAAUUGGAGAUGCAAUUAACCAGACCGACCGCAAGGUUUCAUUGACACGGGAGCCGAGUCGCCCGAAGUCGUCGAAUCGAC